AUGUUGCGAUGGUUUUGGAUUGCCCUUCUCGUUUUUUAUUGGAAUGGAUUUUUGGUGGUUCGAAGCGAAACGGGUUGGUCUUUGUAUCAAUUUAUUCAUUUUUAAAGAAAAAAUUUUUACUCCUUAGAAAUCUUACAACUUUUAGCGUCCUCUAUAUAGGCUGUGUACCACGAAUUUGAACUUCACGGAACGACAUUCCGCUGUGCCGCUGCGCUUAUUUGCGAACCUUGGUCGCGCUUUUAAUUUUUUAAUUUCUUUUUUAUUAAGGUACUCUACUUUCAGGUGCUUCUACAGCAAUAAUCAAUUGAAAGCGUGACCUAGAUUCGAGAGACGCUUCACGAACGCACGCAGUGGAACAGCGGAAUGUCGUUCCGUGAAAUUCCAAGUCGCGGCACACGGGUCAUGACACGAUUUGCAAAAGAGAGAGUGCUUGAUUUGUGGAGAGCGCAGACAGGCCACGCCCAUUUACGUUUCAAGCUGGUCGUGAAUCGGCUUUAGACUGUAUGAGUCAAGAUUCAACAAAAACGGGAGGUAAAGUGGCCCCUUGAGGGGAUCCUACAAGCGUCCUCUAGUCACCGCUGGUGUUCCGAGCACUCAAGAAAAAGUUUCAAGACCUAUUCUUCUUUUGAAACAACCCAAUUUUCAUCAAAUUCACAUUUUUUCAGUAUGUCAGGUCAAGAACUACACGACGGAUUCCCUACCAGAAAACUGCACGAAAGUGGUCGGAUUGGUUCAAAUUAUCGGGUCGGCCAAUCCCGCGGUCAGAAUGUACCUUUUCAACAAUUUUUUCAAAGAACUUUCCAGAAAUUGGAAAAAAUCCUGAGUACUGUUGAAGUCAUCGAAGGCUGUGUCUUCAUCAGCAGUACAAACUUGAAAAAUCUCAAUUUUCUGCGCAAUUUGAAGGUCGUCAAUUGCACUUUCAUCACCGUCAUACAACGUAAGGAGUUUUUUUCUCAUGUGAGAAAGCCGGGACAAAGUACAUUUUUUUUUAAAAUAAUGGGCUUGCAGCUCGAGGCAACCUUAUCAUUAAGGACGAGUUCGAAAAAGAGUUCGUUAGAACCAAAAAAUAUUAGAAACACACUAAUUUUGAAAUUCUUUGCUUGAAUCCUUAUCAACUAACUCCAUAUGACUCAUACAGUCCGAAAGUAAGAUGAGAACAGUCUAUAAAGGGGCGUGGCCUGUCUGCGCUCUCCACCAAUCAAGCACUCUCUCUUUUCUUAUCGUGUCAGGACCCUUUUUUCGAUAAUUCAAGCCAGCCGUACAUGUGUAGAUUUUCUAAGUCUCCUGUGAUCCAAAAAAAAACUUCCAUUCAACCAAAGACAACCGAAAUCUGCCUUUCAGCAGGUCCAAUUCCCGCGAUCUUCAUAGAAGGAAACGAAAAACUGUUGAAUUUUGGGAUUCCGAAUCUGAAAAACGUGACGAUGACGCCGCCGCCGGACACAGAUUUGAAAGAAUCCACAGUUUCUUCGAUUUUCAUGUCGAUAAACCCGCUAUUGUGUCUGACCUACGACGAAUUCAAUUCUUUAUCAUAUCUUCCAUUUAUCAGUAUUACCGAAAUUCCAAUGUGUCCUACUCCAAAACCGCCUUGUGAGUUUAUAACUUUUUUUUUGAGAAAAUUGGAAAAUGGAUCGUUACUUCAAAACUCAAGUUUUUUUUUUCUGGUCUGUGAUUCAUUUUCUUGCUUUUUGAAAACUUUUUGAAUAAGUUAAGCUUUUCAUAACUUCUGUUAAUGCUCAAAAAGCUCUAGGAUGUUGGUGUUUUGCGUCAUUUCAAACUCUAGAACGUGAUAAAAAUCACAGAUUAACCUUUUUCAGUGCCUUUUUGUCUUCUACUGCCACCUAAUAACGACUUCGCUGAAACAUGCGAAAUUUUUAUUGGAACCAUCUUUGCAAGUUUUUUGAUUAUCUUUAUUCAAAAUACAGUUAAGAAGAAAUUCUCAAGACAUACUUUAAGAUUCAGAAAAAAAAGAGCUUGUCUGCUUUUGUUGAGCUUCCAAAAACGGAUUUUAAAAAAAUUCGCAUUUUUACAGAUCAGUGAAACGUCAAAGCCCAAAGACGUUUCGAAACUGUCAAAGUUGAAGCAACUUUUCGGCCAAAUCGCGAUUCGAGAUUCAACUUUAGAAGAAAUCAUUCUACCAAGUUUAACCCUGUUAGCAAAUACCAACUCCGCUGGUGAACUUUUCAACUUCAAACUUGAAACUCAUGAAAUUGAGUUCAGAGCUGCCAGCGAUUGUUCUCGUCAGGAACGUCGAACUGAAAACUAUCCGUUUUCCUAAGCUAACGGUUAUUUUUCUAUGAAGUGCAAUGGGUCGAGACCAAUUUAAAUUUAGGAAACCCGAGGAGAAAGUCCAUAUUUCGACAUGUUGCUCUCCAAAAAUCCGUCUUUGAACUUUUCCUGUGAAGCUGUGUUCCCAUUGGACAAAACGGCUGUGGUGAUCGAUGAAAGCGGAUUUCUUUGUUCCAACGAAACAAGCUCAAUUUCUUCAAACAAUGGUAAUCAAACUUUUCACUUUGCUUUUUUUCAAAGUCCAAUGUGUUUGCGUCUUUUUUCUUCAUGUGAAAAAUCAAAGAAACUUGAAAGUAAAAUGAAAAUCUAGUCUGUUCACGCUGACAAGUGUAUAGGGGUUACUAACUAAAACCUCCCUGGAACCCUAAAGGGGAACCUUUGAGGGCCCCUAGAAGGACCACUCUGAAGUCCCAAAGACGUCUUUCUCUUUCAAAUCGCAAAAAACGGAGUAUAAGUUGUUAGAGAUAAGAGAAGACAGACAAACCAGUUUCAAGCCGGAAAGUAUAUAAAAUAUAGUCUGUGUGCCACGACUUGAACUUUCACCGAACGACAUUCCGCUGUUCCGCUGCGUGCGUUCGCGAAGCGUCUUUCGAAUUUUGGUCACGCUUUCAAUUUAUUGUUAUUCUUGUGGGAGCACAAGAAAGUAGGGAACCUUAAUGAAAGAAAAAAAAAUUAAAAGCACGGCCAAGGUUCGCAAAGGCGUGCAGCGGCACCGCGGAAUGUCGUUUGAUGAAAUUCCAAGUCGUGGUACCAGGCUAUAACUUAUAAUUUAAAAAAAGUAUAUGAAAUAAUUUAUAAUAAAGAUAAUAAUUUUUAACAGGGUACAACCAUCCUACACUGAUGAUGAUAGCACUGUUUGGAGCGAAUCGACUUAUUUGAUAACUAUGAAACCAGUUUUCAUGUAAUUCAUUUGGAAAUAAAUGAUAUAAUUCGUGUUCAGACUUAUGCAAAAUCCGAAAUUUAUACAUUAUCAAGGAUUACGAAACGACUGAAAUUCAAAGGGUUUCUGAGUUUGAAAAAAUCCUAGCGUACUUUUUUGCCAAUUUUUCGCAAGUAUUACGUUGGAGUGUGACUGACAGGAAACUACUUGCGCUCGACCGCAUCUCUCAUUAAAAAAAUUGGAAGCUUCUGCUUUCGGUUCCUUGGAAGGUGUUUGGAAGCUUUCCAGCAGGUAGUCAAGCACCUUUUAAAUGACUUUCAAAACCUUCUUCUUAUCUUCCAGAAGCCUACCGGAAGGUUUUUAGUAGGUAUUUCCAAUUUUUUUACCUUCCAAUUAUUUUCUGAGCUCCUUACCAAGGCCUUCUCAAGACCAUCUAGCUUUAAUUUUCUUUCCCAACACCUUCCCAGGGUUUUCCUGAGCCUGGCACAUACAGAAAAGUCAGCCAAGGUCGGGUGCAACUAUAAAGGAUAUUCUAAAUUUGGAGCCACAAUUUCCACCGUCAUCAAGCAUCGCCACCUCUACAUUCUCUCUAAAGAUUUUUUUUCCAAAACUAUUCCAUUAUGGAAUAAACUUACCUCUAGAAUAAAUUUUAACGUCUCUACGGAUGCGCUACGGGUUAAACUUAAUGAUCUCCCUAACUCUGCCUUUUUCGAAUCCAUUCCUUCCCGUUUGCUCUGACUUCCUUUCUAUCCCCGGGUCAUAGUCUACUCGUUAGGGUGGACUAAUUCCCGUUUUGGUUAUUCUGCUGCUUUCGUAUUCUGAACUAUUUUAUUUAUUAUUUUCCAACAGUAUGCAGUGAAUAAACCUAUUAUUAUUCUCGGUAUUUACCUCGUGGAUUUUUUUUUUAAGUUGUGGGAAAUUGAGUAAGUCUCGUGUUAUCGAUUCGCCAUUUAAAGUCGACUCAAACGUGCUUAUUUGAGAUGGAAAUUGUAGCUUUUGUUUCAUUUGAAACCGAGACAUAUCACAAACUCAUAACGUACCUCGGAAUGUUACAUUGGUGUUGGCUGGCUCUACUUGUUUUCCACUGGAAUGGAUUUUUGGUUCGAAGCGAAACGGGUUGGUUUUUGUUCCAGUACCCUGAAAUCACGCUCGUUUUCCAAUUUUCAAAAGGUUCUGAGGCUCUUUCCUUGACGUGAAUUAUUCAGAAAUAUUUUUCUUCAACUUCACUCACUAGAGUCUGACCCCUCAGCCCCUUUAAAGUGGCCCCCAUAGUGAUAUUUACUUUUUUUUCUGACUUGAAGUUGAAAAAGACGUACAGCAGCAUACUUCCAUUGAGUGGCCACUUCGGCAAGAUUCACUAUAAAAGGAGGUAAAUUGAUCCCUCUAGGGGAUCGCACGAGAGUCUCUAAGUUUGCCCCUAUAGUAUCCACUCUAGAUCCUAAACAGAGCUUUCAAUUCGAGUAACCCAAAAAAUUUCAAAAAAAGCUUUUAAAAGAGCAAUUUUCUUCACCUACACACAUUUUUCAGCAUGCGAAAUCAAAAACGGUACGACGGAGUCUCUUCCAGAAAACUGCACGAAAGUUAUCGGCUUGGUAAAAAUUGUUGGACCGACCAACCCUGUAGUCAGAAUUUUCUUUCUUAUUAAACACAUGUUUUGAAAUAUUUCCAGAAAUUGGAAAAUCUUCUGAAGACGGUCGAGGUCAUCGAAGGAUGUGUGAUGAUUAGCAAUACAACUCUGGUAAACCUCAACUUCCUACGAAAUUUGAAGGCUGUUAACUGCACGUCUGUCUUCGUCCAACAGCGUAAGACUCAAAAUAAUUUUUUUAAGUAUAAAAAUACAGAAUCAUUUUUCAGCAGAGAUAGUCGCGGCAAUACUGGUAGAAGGAAACCCGCUACUGAUGACUUUUGGGAUUCCGAGCCUAAAAAACGUGACGAUGACGCCGCCCGCGGGCGUGAACUUGGAUGAAGCUUUGGUUGGAACAGUUGUCUUCUCGGAGAAUCCCAAAAUCUGUCUGACAUACAACGAAUUCAACCUGGUGACUAGUCUACCAAUGAUCAGUCUCCGAGCUGUUCGGAUGUGUCCUACACCGGCCCCGCCCCGUGAGUUUUUAUAUUUCUUAUCAGGGAAUGGUCUCUGGUCGCAGUGGGACUUCUGAAUGAGACCGAGUUUUUUAGAUGUAGUUUUUACGCUGAUUCCGAAUCUGGUUUCAAAAACUGUCGAGAAGGUCUAUGAAAAUGUUAGGGGCUCUCAAAACUGUAUAUGCCCUCCAAUAAUAAGCUCACUCGGAGACACUGAAGCUUUCGACUUUGAGAGUCCAUAACUUUUUUCACAGAUAUCCUUGGCAGUUAUUGAGACCAGAUCUGGAAUCGGCGUGAAAAAAACGACAUUAACUUGGUCCUGGCUUUAUUCAGAAGACCCACGGCGACUAGAGACAAUUCAUCAGAUAAGUUAUUUCCACCCAUCCAGAAGGUGAAAAAGGAUAAAUAAAUGCAGUUUUGAGCCGCCCUAAUGAAUUACUGGACACUAUUCCUAAAGAAACGAUCAAAUGAUCUUUUAAAAUUUUGUUCUUUCAGUGCCUUUUUGCCAUUUUCCUUCUCCCCAUGGCGUAGAUGAAGCUUGCGAACUCUUUAUUGGUAUCGUCUAUGUGAGUUAUUUUUUUAAAUUUUCGUUUAAAGUUAGCUAGUCCGUUUCUCGCGACUUGAAAUGAGACUUCUCUGCGCCCUCUUUAUCUCUCGCCGACCCUCUCAUGCUCACGUGCUAUUUCCAUGUUUCUCUGAUCUCGCCGGUGAGAGAACAGAGAGACGCAGACACGCGAAAACUGUCAAGUCGCGGCGGACGGACUAUGUCCAUAAAUAGAAUUUCAAAGAAAACUUAUAAGCCUUGUUUUUUUUCAAUUUCCAAACACAGAUUGAACUAUAGUUUGUUCAGAUUUUGAAUGUCAAGUCGUCGCUCAAGCUCCGCCCCUAAUGGCGCGAUAAACCAAUCAGAGAGCGAGCCAUCCACAGAGUGUUUUUGAAUGACGUCAUUGCACUUGACAUUCAAAAUAUGAACAGACUAUACGGUUGUAACUGAGAAGCAUUCGAAAAGAGGCAAAAUUCUUAGAAAAUACAUUUUGUUUCAGAUAGAUGCGUCGAUGAAGACUGAACACGUUGCGAAACUCACAAAGAUGAAACAAUUAUACGGUCAAAUCACGAUCUCAAACUCUUCGAUUCAAGAAUUCAUCCUCCCUAAUUUAACGCAACUCGUGAACAUCAAUUCCGCUCGUAACCCUCUCAUUCCCAAUUCAUAACUUUGAAAUUAUAUUCCAGAACUGCCGUCGAUGCUCAUCUACAGAAACAACGCCUUGAAAACUGUCAGUUUUCCAAAGCUAACGGUUUUUCGCGGAUGAAGAGAGUUUUUACGAAAAAGGAGAUUUAGGAUAUCCGAGGAGGAGGUCAAUCGUAUGAUUUGUUGGUCGCUCAGAAUCCGUCGCUGAACUUUUCCUGUUCGACAGUGUUCCCUCAGAACAAAAAGGCGAUAGUUUUGGAUGAAACCGGAAUAAUUUGUUCCGAAAAGGGUACUCGGCCUUUACUCGGACCUUGGUAA